AUGUGCAACAACAUCCUUGGCCCAAUAAUGGACAGCUAUCAAGGUGAUUUAAGUGACAUAAUUCGUGCCAGUGGUGCAUCGUAUGGCAGAUGCAGCACGGGAACUUCAUCAUCUGAAGCUUGUGCUCCCUUCUCUCUUGAUCACUGCCUCUUCUCUUCUGUUUUGGAAGGGUUUAAUAGCAACUUUGGUGAUCCAUUCUCGAACAUGAGAGAUCCAUUUCUACAUGAGCUUGAAUUGCCUUCAUGCUCUGCCUACUUUAACAGCACAACAAGUUCUGCGGAAAUUGGCAGUUCUGGGGCAUUGGAAGAAGCAACUUGUUUUGGUGGUGGGGUUGCUGGUAACAGUAAUAGUUGUGGUUUGAAACCAAAGAUUCUUGAGGAUGAUGACAUGAGAAGGCCUUGUAACAGCAUAUUGUCAAACAUGAUUCAGAUCUCUCCCAAUGAUAAGUUACCCAUCUCUCCAGUGGUGGAUGCUUUGUCAAGGGCACUCAAGCCUUCUGGUGUGGUUUUAGGUAAAAACAUGAUUAAUUUGAAGACCUCUGAGGAUGAUUGCUUGGUGGGAAACCGCAACACUGAAGAAGUGCAGAUCUCAUCUCCACGGAAUCCAGGUCUUAAGAGAAGGAAGAGCCAGGCAAAGAAAUCCAUUUGUGUUCCUGCACCAGCUGCGCCAAACAGCAGACAAAGUGGCGAGGUAGUUCCUUCUGAUCUGUGGGCUUGGAGAAAAUAUGGUCAGAAACCCAUUAAAGGUUCUCCAUAUCCAAGGGGUUACUAUAGAUGCAGCAGCUCAAAGGGUUGCCCUGCAAGAAAACAAGUUGAGAGGAGCAGAACUGACCCAAACCUCUUGGUCAUUACUUACACGUCAGAGCACAACCAUCCAUGGCCAACUCACAGAAAUUCUCUCGCUGGUUCUUCUAGAUCCCAACCUUCAUCCAAGAGCAACAACAUUGCUGCUUCAAAGAUUUCAGAAACAAGUCCCCAAAACGAGGAAGAGCAGCAUGAGGAGAGCAACAGUGACAGCAAUAAUGUAAAUAACAGUGCAUGUGUGCAUGAAGAAAAGCAGCUUGAGAUGGAUGAUGGAGAAUUCAGUGAUAUUGGUCUCCCUUACAAGUCAAUAUCUAAGAUGAAGAGCUACCAACAACUUGAUCAGGGUUUGUUUGCAGAAUUGGGAGAAAUAGAAAAAGCUCACUCAUUAAACCUAUUGUCUCCACCGCAUGGUUUUGAUGAUCAACAAAGGGAAUCCAACGCUUUAGAUUCAUUCCAUAUCUUUGACUGGAGCGGUGAUAACAGCGCCAAGUACCACCUCAUUUGA